UUCUGACCCCCGAUUGGGUGCGCAUCAUGCACAUCAUUGGCGUUUAGUUUUAUCGGGGCGGGACGCGGAAGUGGAAGGAAAGCGGGAGGCGACUGGAUCAGAGGCUGGUAGUGUACGGGUGUAAAGGAAGAGUCUUCGUUGAUACUUUUUAUUUUGUAGUUCAAAAUAAAGCUGUAAAAUAAUUGUUUUAUGGUUUUAUUUUAUAAUUGGUAUUUCUUUUAAACUAUACCAUAAAGUCUGUUUGGAACUGAUAGCACAGAGUGGGGGACACCUGAUUUGGUGGCGUCAUGGCAACAGGGGGUAGAGAAGACCCCUUGAAGCCCAAUCGGAAACAUCCCAGUCAAGAUGAGUUGCACACAGAUCCAGAGGAAGAGGUGGUGCAGGAAUCGGAGGCGGUGUUUUGCAGCUACGUGCGGUACCGUUACCACCAGGAGAUGGAGCAGGGCGAGCAGUCUACACUCAACCCAGAGAUCAUAGCAUUGCAGCCAGAUGAGAGCAGUCCCAUGUGCCGUGUGGGCCAGCAGCUGGCCAUCAUUGGUGACGACAUCAACAGGCGGUAUGACUUCUCGGGCAUGCUGUCCCAGCUUUCCCUGACGCCUGAAAAUGCCUACGACUACUUCUGCAAGAUUGCCAACAGCCUGUUUGAUUCUGGGAUAAACUGGGGCCGUGUGAUCGCACUGCUCAGCUUCGGCUACCGCAUGGCGCUGCACGUCUUCCAGCAGGGCAUCACUGGCUUCCUGUCCAGCAUCUCGCGCUUUAUUGGCGACUACCUCCUGAGGAACCGCAUCGCCCAGUGGAUCGCUCAGCAGGGGGGCUGGGUUGCUGCUCUCGAUCUGGACAAUGUCUACGUGAACUACAUGAUGGCCCUGCUGGCCGUGGUGCUCAUAGGCCAGUUUGUCUACCGCAGGUUCUUCAGCUGAGGGCUGGAACCCCUGGCAGGAAGCCUCACCUCUCACUGUGACCACUCAGCUCAGGAAUCACCUUCCAGGGAAUGUGGGAUGGACAGACAGGGUAGCGGGUUGCCGCUGGUGCCCCUUCGUCCUGCCACUGCUCCUCUGCAGAAUGAGACAAUCGGAGCUUGAUUAGUUUGCUUAUCUGAAAUCUGCUGAAAUCUAAAAUCUACAUAUCUGCACUUGUCCUUGAUUUUUUUGAGGACCUACCCACCUGUCAUCCACACAUUCUAAGUACACUCCCUUACCUUAGUUUUUUAAAUAUUCCCUGUCCUACCCAGCCCCUUAAUGUGCAUGCAUUUUCCCCAUCCACCCUUCAUUUUGCAUGUAUUUGGUAGACAUCCUGUCCCCUUUACACUCCAGCGCAGUGCCAAACUCCGCUUACUAUUAAGGAAUCUUUGCACGCCAGGCACUGCAGGUCUGAAUAUCAUCGGCAGCUGUGUCAUCCCCCAGAAGACUGGACACCUGCCUCAGACCUUCUUUUGGGAGGGAUAGGGUUAGCGCAGGGGUUUCUGGUGUGCUUGCAUGAGGGGAAUCACAAUGGCCGUUAUCGUGUGGGUGUUUGUUAUAGUUUCAGUGGGAAUAUCCUGGGCCAUCGUGUCUGUGGAAGUGCUGUAUGAAUAUUCGCGAAUUGCUUCUUAUUUACAGCGCGAAGAACCAUGUUGAACACUAAUUCAAAUGCCACAUAUGAAAGAUUCAAUGCCUCUGACCUGUAUUUGCCAUGUAGUAUAUUUGUUUUUUUUAGGCUUUUUUUCUCUUUUUUUUUAAUCCUUGCGUUUUACCCCUAGCCCCCCCAUUUCAAAUUGAUGAGAAACCAGAAUGUCUCCACUACCUCAGUUGUAUGAUACAGGGUAGUCCAUAUUUCAUAAAAUUUGAUCCAUAAACGUUUGUGUGUUUAUACAGUAUAUAAAAUUACAAAAAGGGACUCUAUAAAUUUUUUUUCUGCCACACUGUGCAAAUAAAGGAACUUUAUUUGUAUUCCCAGUUUAAAGACCUGGCACCUGUAAGUAAAAAGUGACAUGAAAUGAAAGGGAAACGCUUGCAUAGUCCUCAGAUGUCUUUUGGAAAACAUCACUCUUUUUUUUUUUUUUAAGUAUGACUAUGAUGAUGUGAAACAUUUUAUCGGUUUAAGAUUAUUGCAAAACAGUGCAGUCUCUGUGGCUUUACACACAAAAUAAAAUAAAGGUUCUUGUAUCUGU